UAUAGUGACAUUUGGGAUUUUGGAUUUAUUAAAGUGACAUUGGUUGUAUUGUUUUUAUAUGGGUGUUUUGGUUCGAUUAUAUUUUGAAGGGACGUUCAAUUUUUAACAAAUUAAUAUUUACUUGGUUUAGUUUUCUCAGGAAAGUUUAUUAAUUGAGACUACAGUACAUAAGAAAUACAAAAUGAAACUGUAAGAGCCAACAUGAAUUCGUAACAAAAGCACAUAGGGGGGCUGAUAGAUGCUUAAUUUAAAAUAAAAAAUUCUAUAUGUCGUGCCCAGGACAAUUUUUGAGAUAAUGAUUUGAUAGACUUGAACAAAGCAAAAAAAACAUGGUUCCUAUUCCCGCCGAGUAUAUGCCAGAUUUCUGGAACCAGAUCGCUACUGAGUGCCCACUUAUUGAAUUGACUUGUUUAUUACCAAAUGGAAUAGUUGUACCUUUAAAAGCAAAUUACAAUGCUACCUUGGCUGAAAUUAAAGAAGACCUUUGGGAGGAAGCCUCCCGAAUGCCUCUUUAUGGCAAGCUCCAUGAUAUAUCGGAUUAUAUUUUUAAAAUUAUUAAUUCUAUGGCCGAGGUAGAAGAAUUAAAUGAUGAAUCAAGAAGAUUAAGUGACAUUAGGCCAACAGGAGCAGUUCUUAUAAUAACUGAAUGUCGUGGCAAUUCGGUUGAUCAUAACAUUAAUAUUGCCAUUGGUCAUUUAAUUGGAAAGGCAUUGCAAGACUUUGAUGCAUUAAACAGUUCGGAAAUAAAUGAUUUUCGCUUUAAAAUGAGGAAGAUGGGUGAGGAAAUUGCAAAAAAAAGAACUGAGGUAACAUGGUUGGAAAAAUUAUACUAUCAAUUUCCUCCACGGAUUGCUGAAAACAGCUAUAUUAUGCUUGAAACAAUUAAAGAAAAUAAAAAUAUAAAAGUUGAAACAAAGUGUGAAUAUGAAUAUGAUUAUACAGACAAAAACAAUGAAAAGGAGGUUAUGCAAAGUUCAUCCAAAUUCUUUGUGUCCCCCCUGAUAAAACCAACAAAGUUAAUAGAGAUGAUUCUUUCAAAAAGAGCCAAUAUUUUAAAGAUUAAAAAUGAAAGAGUACAUGAAUAUGUUUUAAAAGUUUGUGGUAGAGACGAAUAUCUUGUUGGUGAUAAUCAAAUAAUACAAUUUCGAUAUAUACAAGACUGCAUUUCUAAAGAUAUUACACCAACAUUAUUAACAGUACAUAUAGAUAGAGUGCCAAUUUUGAAAAGUAGUGACUAUGAAAGUGUAGAUGGUUAUGAUAUUAGAAAAUCUCGAACUACAUCUUACAAUUCAGGAAAUACCUUACGGAAGAAGAAGAAUGCUAAAUCGUCUUGGAGUAUCACUGAAAAUUUUGCAAUUACUGUCUGUACAGCUAGUAAAUUAAAUUGUGAUACCCGGAAAAUAACUGAGAUUGGUGUUCAGGCAGGGCUUUUUCAUGGAGGCAAACCUUUGUGCCAGCCUCUAAAAACAGAAGAAAGACUAGUGUCAGAGAAGUGUGAUGCUGAGUUUGAUAUUUCUCUAGACUUCGACAUUCAAGUGUGCAAUAUUCCCAGAAAUGCUAAGCUCUGUUUUGUCGUCUAUGAGUUAAGCAAGUAUGCUAAAGGAACUAGAACCCGGAAAACCAAAGAUCUGAAGGAUAGCUUAAUGAAUCCAAUAGCUUGGGCAAACACAUCAGUUUUUGAUUUCAAGGGGCAGUUAAGAACAGGUGCAAUGACGCUUUAUAUGUGGACCUAUGCUGAAGAUAUGAUGUCGGAUGAGGUGUUGCAUCCAUUGGGAACAGUAGUUAGUAACCCCAACACUGAUUAUUCUACAGCUUUAACUCUAAAUUUCAAAGGUUACACAGCAGAUCAAACUCUAAUGUUUCCUUGCACAGAAUCUGUUAUUGAAUAUGCUUUAAAGUUAGAACAGGAGCAGAUUUUGUCUAUGAAUACUUUCGUUUUAACUGUUGAUAAUGAAAUGGAAAAUUGCAAAAGACUGAUUAAUGAAAUGGACAACUUUUAUGAUGUCCACGACCAAGAUAGAAAAGUACUUUGGAGUCAUAGACGGUACUGGAUGAGAAAUAUGCCUGAAAUUUUACCAAAAUUGUUAUCCUGCAUUGACUGGGAUAAAAGAGAAGAGGUGUGUCAGGUUAUAGCUUUGCUUAGAGAGUGGCCAAAGUUGCCGGUCGAAAAGUCUCUGGAGUUAUUGGACUAUGCAUAUGCUGACCAGGAGGUUAGGUCAUUUGCUGUAAAAUGUUUGAUGGAUGUUAGUGACGAAGAUCUUCAACUGUAUUUAUUACAACUUGUUCAGGCAAUCAAACAUGAACUGUAUUUGGAGUGUGAUUUAGUACAUUUUUUGAUUAAGAGAGCUUUAACCAAUCAAAAAAUUGGGCAUUUUCUGUUUUGGCAUUUAAGGUCAGAAAUGCAAGUGGCCGCUGUUUCUGUCCGAUUUGGUCUCAUCUUAGAAGCAUACUGUAGAGGAAGUCAAGAACACAUGAUAGAGCUACAAAGACAGUUACAGAGUAUAGACAAGUUAAAGACAUGUAGUGAUAUGGUGAGAGAGAGGAAAGACAAGGAAAAAGCGAAAGCUGUUUUAAAAGAUCACCUUGGAGAUGGAAAAGAAGUGGAACCUAUAAGGAGUCCAUUGGAUCCCAGUUAUAGGUGGAAUGGAAUAAAGGUAGAAAAAUGCAGAGUUAUGGAUAGUAAAAUGAAACCACUUUGGGUGGUUUUUGAAAACUCUGAUCCAUAUGGAGAUGACAUUUACUUAAUAUUCAAAAACGGUGAUGAUCUGAGACAGGACAUGCUAACAUUGCAAAUGUUGAAAGUGAUGGACCGGUUGUGGAAAAGUGAAGGCCUGGAUUUGAGAAUGAAUCCCUAUAAUUGCAUAUCACUUGAGCAUAAGGUUGGUAUGAUUGAAAUUGUUUUAAAUGCGGAAACGAUCGCAAAUAUUCAAAAAGAGAAGGGAAUAUUCACGGCAACUGCGGCUUUUAGAAAAGGGCCAAUUUUGGCAUGGCUGAAAGACUAUAACACUACAGAAGCUGCACUAAAAAAGGCAAUCAAUGAGUUCACUCUGUCUUGUGCCGGGUACUGUGUUGCCACUUACGUCCUGGGAAUUGCCGAUAGACAUUCUGAUAACAUUAUGGUGAAGCAAAAUGGGCAGUUGUUUCAUAUCGAUUUUGGCCAUAUUUUAGGACAUUUUAAAGAAAAAUUUGGUAUAAAACGAGAAAGAGUUCCCUUCGUUUUGACCCAUGACUUUGUUUAUGUUAUAAACAAGGGACAAAAGACUGCACUAGAAUUUAAAAUAUUCCAAGAAUAUUGCGAAAAAGCGUUUUUAAUUUUGCGCAAAUAUGGUAAUUUGCUUCUGUCUUUGUUGGCCAUGAUGAUAUCUACAGGUCUUCCGGAGUUAAGUUGCGAGAAAGAUCUUCAUUAUUUGAGAGAAACUUUGGUAUUAAACAAAACUGAAGAAGAAGCUUUGGAGCACUUUCGACAGAAAUUCAAUGAAGCCCUCUCAAACUCGUGGAAAACAUCAUUGAACUGGGCUUCCCAUAAUAUUUCAAAGAACAACAAAGUGUAAAGCUUCUCUUAUGAUGCUAAAUGAAAGUUUUUCCAUAGAAAAUUAUGUGCCAACUACUCAGAAUGAGUAUUUUUGAUACAACAUAUUUGCGCGUUUCCAUUCUUGUAAUUUUCAAAAAUUUUAAAGUUGGUUAGUUGGUUCCCUUAUUUCAGAGAAAGCCAACGGAACACCGAUUGUUGUGUCAGUAAAUGAAACACAAUUGUGGGGAAAAUAUAGAUAUGACGACCUGUUGUUGGAAGUAAAAAUAUAUUGUUUUUCUCUUCCAUUGUCUUAAGUAUAGUGAUCAAUAUACAAAAUUGGGCUAAAAGGAGAGCAGACUUGGUAGUCACAAUGCAUAUGUGAUCAUUUGCUUUAUUUUCUAUGUAUAUUGGCAGACCAAAGAGAAGGAGAUCAUUUUUUUUAAUAGGGCACUUUGCUCUGAGGAAACCAGAGUUUCGAAUAUCCAACUUUAAUUACAUAACUUUUGAAUCUUCCAAACCAAAAACACAAAAAAAAAUAGUGUUAAGGAUCAGCCACUUAUUUCUUCUUUUUUCACUUUAAUUGCUGAAGGAAAGGAGAAAAAUACCCGCUCCCAAGAUGGGAAAAGAAGAGAAACGGAAAUAAAAAAUUUAAAAAAAAUUCAAACAUUUGUUGUAGAGGAGAAUUGUUAUACUGUUAUACUGAUAUCUGAGGUUUGAAAUGCUUUAUUUAUAUGAAAUGGUUUUAAGAUUUGUGAUAUUAUUCAAUUUUGCAUUUUCUUUAUAAAAAGUAAUUUUUUUAUGACUACUGUGGAAAAGUGUAAAAACCCAAGCCAACAAGAUUUGAAAAUAAUGAAUUUCACAUAGUGCUUGAAUUGAUUCAUAUUUAUCUAAUUUUUUGCUGUAAUGCGUGAUUAUUUUUGAUCCUGCCAAUGAAUGUUGGCUUUGCUAGCAUAUUUUUUAGUGUUUCAAAAGAUUGUACCAAUGUAGACUGUUUGUUUUAGCCCAUAUGCAAUCUAUCUAAAAAGUCUUCAUACCCUAAUAUUUUUAUUGUUAAUACAUGAGAGCUUUCAAUUUCUGUAAGUAAUCAUUAAAAAUAAAUGUGGUAUUUAUAGUAUGGUAAAUAAAUAUGCAGCAUCUCGAAGUGUCGGUUUAUUAACGAACUAACGGAUUCGUCAAUUGCACAGAAUUAUAUAAAAAAUAUCUCUACAUAUUUAAAUUAUUGUUACGAAUAUGUGUGUCUGUAAAAUAUUUUUUGAAAAUGUAUUAUUUCAAUAUUUUGUCGCAUAACUGAGUCUUUGCUACAUCUGUGAUCAUAUUCCUUGGAGUUUUAUUAUACUCUUUUGUAACCAGGAAUUUAAGCUCUUUCUGUUCCCACAAAAGUUGAAAAAAGGUACUCAGUUCUUGCCGAACUUUAGAUAUUAACCACUCAUGUACCAGUUUGGCCGUAAGUUGAAACAUGAAAUGGCCCUCUAGUCCCAAUUUUUGAAUAUUGUUCCAUCAAUAUGUUUAGAUAAUCCAUGGUAAUAGUAAAAUAAGUUUUUUCGCUAUUUGACCAUUGUACCCAACUCUAUGUAAACAUUUUCUUACAUUUGUGAAUUGAUUACCUUUGAGAAGUCAUCCUUUAUUGCCCCGUCUAAGUGACGGACAUUUAACUUCGGGUUAUUCGAUAUUUUCCUCACUGAAAAUGCUUCCUGAAAGAGAAGUUAACUUUUUUGGACAACCAGAACGAGACAUUAUUUUUUUAUGAAGUAGUGGUCUGAAAUUGCUAAGUUCCUCCACAAGUCUAUAACAAUAUUUCCCACAGGAUUUGAAACAUCACAAUUUCAUUCACUCAUUUUUGGUAAAAAUCUUUAUUAUUAAACACUAAAAUCAAAUGAUGUGUAGCAAAUGGAAAAUUUUGAUUUGUGUUAUCAAAAUGCUUGGCAGGCGAAAUGUGUCUACUGUGAAUUAGCCUUUUUUGAUGUAGUUUUGUUCAAUCUUUAACUAAUAAUUGUAUGUUUUUUAACAAACCAUUAGUUGGAGGUAUUACUAGACUUUUUUGAUAGACGGUACUCCAUUUUAUUGAAAUACUUAUCGAUUAAUUUUUUUAUGGCGGAAAUAGUAUGUAGUGUCUGCUCUAGCAUAUACUUGGUAAUCGAAGCAAGAACAAUAAACGAAGUUUUUUUGCCUUCUGUAAAAUAUACCUUUUGUAAAUAGUAGAUUUAAGGCUAAUAUCAUUUUAAUAAAUACAUU